AUGCGGCAGAAGUUUAAUUCCUCUUUGGUGGUCGACAUCUUUGUCCGCAUCCCCGGCGACGAAGUUGACGAUGCGUCCUCCCUCCUGCCCAAUAUCAACUCGUUCGGCCUUAGUGCUUUACUGACGGUAGACCGCAAAGCAGAUGUGGUUGUCGGCUACUCUGUCGUGUGUAUGGAGGAGAAGGACAUGGAGGAGGGAUUGUUUCCAGUGAAGAGCAUGGACGAGGCCAUCGAGAUUCUGCUCGCUCGGAGGCCGAAGAAAUUGCUGGAGUUGACGAGGUUGUCGUUCUGUAAUCCGGCCAAGGACUUGUCGUAUUGCUCUCUAUCGAAUUUUAUUGAUGUGGAAGAUUCGAUAAUCUUUUUUAUGAUAAUCCUAAACAAUGGCAUCUGUAUGCUGACUUCAUCAGCAGCGUCAAAAGAUAGAUUAGAUAUUUACGUGGAUGACUUGAGAGUCAAUCAGUUCGUGGACAAAAUGGACGUCGGCGAUGAGGAAAUUGAACCCGACGAGCUCGAGAAUCAGAUGUAG